CAACAUUUCCCAUUAAAAAAUUAGGCGCCAAAACAAAAUCCCCAAAUUUCCCUCACAUCUUGCGUCGUUCCAGACAGCUUCAGCACACAGCAGAGACUCCCUUCGCAUCCAAUGUCUACGCUCUUCAUCGCCCUCCAAUGCUGCCAAUGCUCCACCAUGCAGGUGAAGCAGAAGAAGAAGAGCAGCAACAAAUGGAAUUGCGCGGUCUGCAACCAGAAGCAAUCGGUUUGCAGAGUCUUCGCCCAGGGAUUCAUGGCCAAGGAGCUUCGCAAGUUCGUCCAGGACUUCAACAUGUCCCGCAAGUCCUUCGACGACGGAGAAUAUCCCCUUGCCGGAACCCUAAAUCCGCCGCUUCCCGCCACGGAACACGGAGACGCCGAGCUCAACCUCAAAAAGAAGCGGAACGAUUGGUCCGCGUACCUCCACCAGGAACAACAACCAGAUCAUGAUGCAGAUGAUGAUUUUGAGCCACUGGUUGUGACUGAGUUGCAAAAAGGUAUGUUCAAGAAACGCAGAGUGGUGGAGGAUUCUACUGCAGGAAGUGACAGGCUUUUCAAAAAGUCCCUUUUCCAUAACUCUCAAGAGGAGCUAAGGAUAGAUCAACCAAGAGUUACAUCAUUGACUGAAAGCAAUCCAAAGAGAAAUAAUUACGUAACACCAACUAAUCAGAGGACUCAAAAAUGCAAACCAACUAGCAGCAGGGCAGCCUCCAAAUGGAACAAUUACUUAACUGAGGACAAUGAAAAUUUAGAGCUUGGAUGGAAGAAAAGCUUUAACUUUGAGGACCAUUCAGGUCCAAGGAACAACACCGUCUUAGAGACCAUGACUAGUGAAAUAGUAGAAGAUGAUAUUCACCCAGAUUUUAUGUGAAUUGUAUUAUAUUAUAGAUUGUUGUGCUGAAUGCUUAUCAGCAUGGAGACUAAUUACCAGAAGAAAAAUAAUCACCAAUUCACCAGAUGAAUAUAAAAAGUACCUUGCAUA